ACUUCCUCUACGCAGUUGGAAUUUGCAUAUUAAAUAAUGUUUUUUACUUUUCCGGAUGGACUUCUCGCUAUGUGCAUAUAUAUUUUUUAAACGUGAAGUCGUUUUGAAGUCCCUUUGAGAUCGAAAAAUCACUCUUAAAAAUAUAUUAAAAUUACUGUUUAAAACUUUGAAGAGAAGCGAGUCAGGUGCACGAGGCAGGAGUUCGUCUGGAAAUGAUCUGGUGUACAGCAUCAGGGUGACGAAGCCUAGCAAAAUCCCCAGUGAGAAGGCGAAAAACAACUUAUGGUCGCGAGUCCCUGACUGAACGUGUUGCAACAUUGACCCGAAGUGCGUCUGGUUUCUGGGGCAAAAGAAUGCUUGCUUUUUUAGAGACCAGGGAACGAACAAAAGACGGGAAAAGGGACAAAUUUCCUUGUUAUAUCAAAUUUUUUAUAAUCUGUGUUGCGUGUAAUAUGUGCAUCGUCUUUUUACGCAUGCUAUAUGAGUUUUUUGUUAAAAAUUAGCAAAGAGUAAAAGUUGAAUUUCCAGCACAUUUUUUGAUUGCAAGAUCUAAUUUUCACAGCCCUGAUAAAAAUUGUUUAUGGAAAAUAUGGCACACAUUCAAGUUAUUAAUAUUUAAUUAAUUAAUUAAUAUCAAACGAUUUGUGAUUCUAGUGGGCUUUAUAAACGAUAGAUCCUAUUUACUUACUAGAGUAUACAUUUUUUUUUGUUAAUUUAAUGCUCCUUUACGCAAACUUUCAUUUCAUGAUGUGUAUAUAAAACAAUUCGUGAGAAAAAAUAGUGUUCCAGGAGAGAAUGUAAAUCAGGCUUAAAAAGUUAUGCACUUCUCGACUGUUUUAGUGUCGUAGCAAAAUCUCAAAAUUUCCCUGUUUUCAUGAAAUAUCGACGUAAAAAAUGAUUUAGCAGAAUAAAUUGCUUUUUGGCAACGAGAGUGAAUCCUGCCUUAUCAUAUAUCACCAAAAAAAAUAUAGAGUUGAAAGGCCUUUUUUGAAAUUUAAUAGAAACUGGUUGUGCAAAAUAUUUUAAUUUGUUUUUACCUUUGUAAAAAACAUGCGAUAUAUCUGAUUGCCAUGCUUUAAUCUUAAUUGCGAGAUACGAGAUUAGCUCCUUUCGAAAGACAAUUUUAAGAUCCACUUCUCAUUGAACAUGCCCAAGUUGAACAUGCCGAUCGUCAACGAGUAACCUUUUCGGAAUCAUAAAAACUAAAAUGGAACUCAAAGAGGGUGAAAUUUUGGACGUUCCAGAAAUUUUAGAAAUAGGCGAUCUUUUUAAGGAAUCACCCAAAUGGGAUCAAAUUGAGGAAUGUCCAGAGAGUAAGCACGAGGAAAGUUCCAGCCUGCAUGAAAACGACGAAGUUAGUGUAAAUUUGGAUAAUGUCGACGAAGAAAAUACUGUGCCUGAAGCAUUGCCGGUCAUUCUGGAAUCCCACAGACAGAUUUUGGCACAAGUCACGCUGCCAUUUCUGGCCGCUGGUAUGGGAAUGGUUGGAGCUGGAGUAUGUUUAAGCAUUGUCCAGCACUGGACCGUGUUCGAACAACUUCCGGAGGUUUUAAUACUGGUACCACCUCUUUUGGGCUUGAAAGGAAAUCUGGAAAUGACACUGGCGUCGAGAAUGUCUACUGCCGCUAACAUGGGUGAAUUCAAAACUCGCAGAGGAAAAUUUGAAAUCGUCUUUGGCAACAUGGCACUUUUACAGGUUCAAGCAAUAGUUGUUGGUCUUUUAGCAGCAGUGAUCGCCUUCGUAAUGGACAUUGAAUUGACCAAAUCUGUUCAGUGGAAUCACUUGACAUUGCUCGCCGCUAGUGGCUCUGUCACAGCAUCCCUCGCUAGUUUAAUUCUCGGGUCUAUCACGUCUGCCGUGAUAAUUUUAUCAAACAUGUGCAACAUCAAUCCAGACAACAUCGCAACGCCCAUUGCCGGUGCCUUAGGAGAUAUCACUGCCCUCGUGAUAUUGUCCGUAACUGCGUCACUAUUCUACAGCAUAAUAGGAACUCACGAUUGGGUAUAUCCAGUGGUGUGCGCAGUUUUGAUUUCUCUUCUUCCGAUAUUCAUAAUUAUCGCCCGGAGAAACAAAUUCACUAAAGACGUUCUCAAGCAUGGUUGGACGCCCAUCAUUAUAGCCAUGCUGAUCCAAGUUACUGCCGGAUUGAUAUUGGACAUAGUUGCUAACAGAACAAAGGAUGUGGCGAUUUUCCAGCCUGUGGUGAAUGGAGUGGCGGGCAAUCUCGUCGCAAUUCAGGCGAGCAAGAUGUCAACGUUUCUCCACCAAGUAACAAAAUUAGGCGUUUUGCCCGCGGGAAUGCGAAUUUUCCUUAGUCCAAAAACAGUAUUUUUCUCAAAAGAGCAACUUUCCACAACGGCAAGAUCACUGAUGAUUUUGGUUGUUCCCGGCCACUUGAUUUUCACCUACACAAUCAGUUUCGCUGAGCAACACGGAACAAGUUUACACCCGUUGUUUAUUCUUUUUUAUCUUGUGGCAGUUUUCAUUCAGAUCACCAUCGUGAUAUAUUGCACAAGCGUGCUGACACAUUUUUUCUGGUCACGAGAAAAAGACCCAGACAACAACACUAUUCCGUACAUGACGGCGAUCGGUGACUUCUUAGGUAUUCUCUUUAUGGGCCUCGUAUUCGAAAUACUUAGAGUGAUGGCUGUUGAAACUUGAUUUUUUUGUCGUAUUUUUAUGACAAAUUUUUGACUGUGAUAGUAAUAAUCAAAAUGAAUAUAUUGGAAAAUAAAAUAAAGAUCUCAA